GCCAGCUUGUAUGCGUGGUUGAUUAGGAAAAACGUCCUCAUACUUACAUCCUGUGUAUCCGUCUCUCAGGUCUCCAGCUGUAAGUGUGUGGUGUGUUGUAGUCUGUUAGCUGAUGCGACGAUGUGCCACGCACAUCCUUCAUCACUACUGUGUUUAGUUUUAUGUGCAUCUAUUCGUCUCUAGGUGCUCGUUUGAGUGAAAUGGCCUGAAAGAGAUGGCGGGAUGAUUUGGAAGUUUUUUGUGAAGCUCACUGUGCAACAGAGCUAGCAGUGGAAUAAAUAACAUCCUGUUUAUGAGCUGAAUAUCUGUUUUUGGGAGCUCAGAUUUAGAUGUCAGUUUAAACUGCAGACAGACAGAUGAUUUAUUUUAAGGUUAAGAUCAGCUCCACUUGCCUAACCUGUAACGCUGCAUGUUUCUCUGCACACAGCUUCCUUAGAUAUUGAUGGGUGUGUGGGUGUGUGGGUGUGCGUGCGUAUGUGUGUGCUGUACAAAUGCUGCAUAGUCAUUAUGUGAGCUGUGAUAAGCACUUACUGUCAGUGUGAGAGGGAACCCAUAAUAUAGGCUGUAUUGAACGAUUCCACUUAAGCGGCUGACUUUCCUCUCAGCUGGACAAUGUUGGGGAUUUUUUUGUUUUUAUAAGGACUCUAAUAAAUAUUUAACUGCCUCAUUUUUAUUCUCAGUUCCUCAUUUUCCCUUAAGUUUACAAUGCAAUUUUUUUCUGUUGUUGCUUUUCCUUUUCAGCCUUACACACACUUAUUGAACGGUCAAGUGCCACAACUUCAGAUACCAGGUGUUGCUCACUUCAUCAUAGUCUUUGAUCCCUGGUUGUUGCUUGAACUUUGCUGAGAUUUAGCGAUAGUUUACACCUAGGUGGUGGACGGGGUGCCGCCCUCGUGCAUUUUUCAUCCAGAAAGUCUGGGUGGAGUAAGCACAAGCAUCAAAUACGUAGAUGUGACGUGGACUGGCGCUGCCUUUUGGAGCUGCCGUAGUGGCUGGCCGCCAUCUUGAAUGGAUCUCCAUUCGCCACCAUUGGAUACUAUGGAAUGUGUUUACCAAACUAAAAAUACACAUUUAUAAUGCUUUUUCAAAAAAUCAGACAUGUACUACAUGAUAGUUAAAAUAUCCUGUUGAUUCAAUAAAAUAUAUAAUAAAUGAGAAUAGUUUCAAUAUGGCAUUGCAACAUUGCAGGUAGGCUAGAAAAGUCAAUAGUAAUCACACGUAAUCUGUUUUCAAUAGUAUGCCAUUUGUUACAACCGUAGACUGCCUUAAAAACAGGCAUAAUGCUCAUUCUGCAUUGACUCCAGUUGGGUUUGAAGAGUGAGGAACCCAUCUAUCAUGGCAGUGACUCGUUACGCUCUCCAGUGCCCAGCGCGUGUCUAUGUAUUCAUGUCUAUGGUUGUAAGACUCUGGUGGGGGGUGAUUUGCUCUUUAAAUCAGAAAUUAAGAGUUUUUUCUCAGAGGGCACCACCUAGCCCUCUGAUGCAUAGUGGUCACUGCAGUGGACAGCUUCUAGAACGUGCUUAUCUCUUUAAUGCAUUGGUUUCUAUGGUGGAAUUGCAUAUUAGCUUCUAGAGUGCUCUCUACUGCCAUACUCCAUUGAGGUCAAUUCAGUGUUCAGUCAGUGCAUCUGCAAGUAAAUUUCCUCUGAAUCCAAGAUGGCGGAGAAACUGCCACCCCUACCAACCAGUGCUGGAAUAUCCUGUCAAUCCUUCUAUUCUGGAAGAGCCCACCAGACUUCAAAUGCAGCAAAGAAUAAGGCAGCAUACAGAAUAGUCCAGGAAAUUCCCUCCAGCUCCAGUGAUGAUGAUUUCAGUGAUAAGUCCAGUGAUGAUGAGUGGCUGCCAGAGAAGAACAGAGACAUAGGAACUACGGAUGAUGAAGACACAGCCAGACAGGAUACACAAAGUGAGAGUGAUGAGGGGCAGGAUGAAGAGGACGGUCAGCAUGAUCAGGGAGCUGUGGGAGAUGGGCACAUGGCACCUGACCAUACUCAAGCCCGCACAAUUAUUUGGAAAGUCCAAGGCAAUGUCUUUGAUGGAGACUUGCCUUGUUUCCUAGGAGAGUGGAAUUUCAAUGUGGAGGGAAAGGAUCCCAUUGAUUUCUUCAGACAUCUGUUUCCAGAAGAUCUCAUUGAUAAUAUAACAUACAACACCAACUUGUAUGCUCUUCAGAAAGGGAAAGAAAAUCUGUCAGUAACAGGAGAAGAGAUGCAGGUAUUCUUAGGGAUCAACCUGAUCAUGGGAUACAUUCGGUAUUCAAGGACACGAAUGUACUGGUCUAGUGAGGACAGUCUUCGUCUUGGAAUAAUUGCUAAUGCCAUGUCUGUAAACAGAUAUGAGCAAAUCCUGAGAUACCUGCACUUUGUGGAUAACUUGACUUACUAGCCAGCAAACACAGAUAGGCUCUUCAAAACAAGACCAAUCCUAUGUGCACGUAGCAGACAUUUAAGGCAGCAGCAGACCCUGAGGAAUUUCAGUCAGUUGAUGAGCAGAUAAUUCCUUUUAAAGGCCUUCUGUCCAUCAAGCAAUACAUAUCAAAGAAGCCCAAACCUUGGGGAGUGAAGGUAUGGGUGAGAGCAGGAACCUCAGGCUAUAUGAAUAGAUUUGAAGUGUACCGAGGUUCUGCAAGUAGUGGUCGCAUAAGUGAAUUGGGAAUGGCUGGAGAUGUGGUGAUGCGUCUUUGUGAAGACAUAAAGCACAAAAAUCACAAGUUUCUUUUGAUAACUUCUUCUGCAGCAUUCCACUCACCGAGGCCUUAAAAGACCAAGGCAUCUAUGGCACAGGCACAGGCAGAGCAAACAGGCUGAAGGGAGCAGAUCACAAACUCAAGAGUGAAAAACAACCGAAGGAACUGGGCAGAGGAGCUUGUUCUGUUGUCAGCAAUACUGCAAACAUCACUGUCACACGUUGGCUCGACAGUUCUGUCAUUCACAUGGUCUGUUGCCAACAGAUGGGUCAAGAAGGAAAAAAAGAUGAUGAUGGUCCAAAAGCCCUUCUCUGUGGCCCUUUACAAUCAACACAUGGGUGGGGUUGAUCUUGUUGACCAAUGUCUGGCAAUGUACCCCCACAGACGUCGAAACAAGAGAUGGUACAUCCGGGUGGGUUUUUUUUUUUUUUUUCAUUUUUUUGUUGUGACCAUUGUAAUCGCCUGGCGUCUCUACCAAAUGUCUGGUUUGGAAGAAAUGAGACUCCUCCUCUUCAAAGCAUCUGUGGCUUGUGCACUGAUAAAUAGUGGCACCCUCCAGCGAUUCAAAAGAGGAAGACCCAGUGGGACCCCACAACCCGUAAAACGGAGAGCAGUCACCAAAGUAGCACGUGAGGUCAGGUUCGCCACAGGAUAUCACUGGCUCCUACUGACCGAGGUGAAAAAUGCAAACAGAUGCUAUGAUGCUGCGUGCACACGGAAGACCAAAUACAUCUGCAUGCAAUGCUCCGUGCCAUUGUGCCCUGGAUGCUUUGCAAACUUUCACACAGCCUAGGUGUGAUGAACAUGUUAGUGUUCGUAGAUACAGAGACUAAGUUGCCAGUUUGUCUCUCUUCUAACAUACUAAUGUAAGGAGUUGGUAAUACUGUCCUGCAUCGUUAUAGAGUUGUGUGGACUCUAAAAAGUUUCUCCUGUUGGAGAUCGUUUGGUAUAUUCAGAUGUAGGAUUCACAGCUAGGACUGUUCAUUUGUUUUGUUAGUUACGCCUAAACAUUGGGGCUGUAUAGAGAUGAAAGCUCAAAAUAAUGCAGAAAUGUUUUUCAAAGCAUACAAGCAAACAAGUGUUUGUAUAUUUACAAUAGAACACAAGGUACAUCAUUUUUACAGUAAGUACAGUGUUUAAUGUUGAGUGCUCAGGCGCAUGUGGUACACUGGAUUGGACAUGUCUAUAACUUCAUAAAAAAAACAUUUUUUUUGGAAAAUAACUGUUGAACCUUUUUUUUCAUGUCCUGAGAAGAAUAAAAGCACUUCAGAAUAAAAUCUUCACCAAGGCUUUCAUAAUUCAUGCAUCAGAGGGCUAGAGUCCCUCUCGGCUUCUGUGAGACAGCUGUAAGCACCGGCUCCUUCAUGAACGAGCACCUCCAGCUGACCAACAGCUAAAACACAUAAUUUUACAAUUAUCGUUCCAACAUUUUGUAUUUGCUCAUGCAUUCCUAAACAUUUGUCUAUAAGAAAUCUUGUCAACUCUGCAUCCAAGUUGAAUCCGCAGAGAUUUUUCCGAGGUAAAUUCUGUCUUUGAGGUGCUUUUGGGUAAAUUUACUCCGUGGGCUGUUUCUUUACUUCUGUCUGUCUUCGAGUAGAAGCAAGCAGUCAUGAAAUCCAUUUUGUUUGUGGCUGCGGAGGUGGUUGUAGCUGCUCUAUGAGUCGUGGUGUCUGCACAUCUUAGUAAACAGCUUGAAACCACUACUCUUUCUCGGUAGCCUAGUGGUCACAUGUCCGUCCUGGGACCGGGAAAUCGGGGUUCAAAUCCGGUCGGGUUAUACCAAAGACUUUAAAAAUGGGAUCCAAUGCCUCCCUGCUUGACACUCAGCUUUAAGGGGUUGGAUUGGGGGGUUAAACCACCAAAUAGUUCCCUAGCACAGCCACUGCUGCAGCUCAGCAUUCUCCACGGGGGUGGGUCAAAUGCAGAGAUGUAAUUUCAUCGGUGUCUCAUGAUGUCUAAUGGGACUUUAAAGUGCAUGGGCACGCUCUGUGAUUGACAUCUGCACCAGUGGAUGUUGAAUGCUAUUGGCUAAUGCUGUGUGGUGGUCAACUAAACUUGCAUGGGGCUCUAUGGGACGAUGGCGAGCUCUGCAAAAGAAUGACAUAUUGCCUAUUAUAUCACAUUACGGGGUACGACUAUCCUUUUUUCACGGAUUUCCAAGAAAAACCAAACCCAAGAAAAAUGGGUUUGAACCGUCACCUUAUCGUGGUGGAGGAGUUUGAGUGCCCUAAUGAUCCUAGGAGCUAUGUUGUCUGGGGCACUUAGUGCCCCUGGUAGGGUCUCCCAUGACAAAUUGGUCUUAGGUGAAGGGUGAGACAAAGAAC